UAAAUAGCAAAGAGGAGCUGUUCCUCUCUAUCUCUCUCUCUCUCUCUCCCAUUAUCACUUCCUUUGCUUAAAGUUUCUAGAUUUGAUCUUUGUUCUUGGGUUCUCUUUGAUCUUUGUUUGAAAGGGAGGAUUGGAGGAGAUGGGGAGGGGAAGAGUGGAGCUUAAGAGGAUUGAGAACAAGAUCAACAGGCAGGUGACAUUCGCCAAGCGUCGCAAUGGACUGCUCAAGAAGGCAUAUGAGCUCUCUGUGCUCUGUGAUGCUGAGGUCGCCCUCAUCGUCUUCUCCAACCGUGGCAAGCUCUAUGAAUUUUGCAGUUCUUCUAGUAUGAUGAAGACACUUGAAAGGUAUCAAAAGUGCAAUUAUGGGGCACCAGAAACAAAUAUAGUCACAAGGGAGACUCAGAGCAGUCAGCAGGAGUACUUGAAACUGAAAGCAAGAGUUGAAGCACUGCAAAGAUCACAAAGGAACCUCCUUGGAGAAGACCUGGGGCCACUGAGCAGCAAAGAGCUUGAACAACUUGAACGCCAGCUUGAUGUAUCACUGAAACAAAUAAGAUCCACCAGGACUCAGUUCAUGCUUGAUCAGCUUGCUGAUCUUCAAAGAAGGGAACAAAUGCUAUGUGAGGCAAAUAAAAGCCUGAAGAGAAGGUUGGAUGAAAGCAAUCAGGCUAGCCAUCAGCAGCAAGUUUGGGAAGCCAAUGCUCAAGCAGUAGAAUAUGCAAGACAAGCUUCUCAAAAUCAGGGUGAUGGUUUCUUCCAUCCUUUAGACUGUGAACCUACUCUUCAAAUUGGGUAUCAUCCUGAUCAAAUAACAAUUGCAGCAGCACCAGGGCCAAGUGUGAGUACUUACAUGCCUGGAUGGCUUGCUUAGCUUGAGGAUGCUGAUCAAUCUCUCUUAAUUAUUUCUCUACUCUUUGUUUGCCAUCAUCCUGAAACCUUUUCCUUUUCAUCAAUUUGCUACUUUUGUUUGUACAAGUGAUCCAAUUCCAUUUCAUGUCAAUGACUGCAUAAUGUCUCUUCUAUCUAUCUUUGAAACGUAUCAUGGAUUAUAAUUAGUAUGUAUAAGACUCCAUAGUGUUGGAGACGUUGUAGUAAUGUUUUUCACUGGUUAUGAAACUUUAUCAUGCUUGGUUUA